AUGCUCCGCGCCGCCAUCUCGCGCCUCGGCGCCCACCUGCGCCGCCAGCCCUCCCCGGCCUCCCCUCCCCUCCGCGCCCUCUCCAGCGGCCGCGGCAAGCGCUCGUCCCCCACCGCGCCGCCCCCGGAACCCGAGGACGAGGGCCUCAUGCGCGGCCUCUUCGUGCUCUCCCGCGACCCCGCGCACCCGCCGCGGCUGCUGGUGGUGCAGCCGCGCCUCCGCCCCGGCGCCCUCCUCGACUCCAAGCUGGCCGAGGCGCUCAACCUCGCCAGCUCCCUCGAGGAGGCCCGCGACAGCCUCGACCGGGCCGGGUCCGCCGCCAAGUCCGCGCCGCCGCACCUCGUCGUCCAGAACCCCGCCUCCCGCGGCCGCAACCACUCUGGUACAUAUUUUGGACCUGGAACUGUGGACAAUAUCAAGUGCUACAUGAGGGCAUUGGACGAAAAGGCAGAAUUAGAUGCAGUUUUUGUUAAUACGCUCCUCUCUGGGGUCCAACAGAGGAACUUGGAGGUUGCCUGGGGAAAGCCAGUUUUGGAUCGUGUUGGGCUUAUAAUUGAGAUAUUCAAUGCUCAUGCUGAAACGAAGGAAGCAAAGCUACAGUCAGAGUUAGCAGCUCUCAUGUAUAUGAAGACUAGGCUUGUCCGUGUCCGCGGCCCAGGUGGACGACUAGCUUUUGGUGCAAGUGGGGAGGCUGAAGUUGUCAGUGCUCGAGGGAGAGCAAGUGGCGGACAGGGUUUCAUGAGUGGUGCUGGUGAAACAGAACUUCAACUACAACGCAGGAGAAUCCAAGAACGACGUCUAAGCUUGUUAGCUCAAAUUGAAGACGUACGCCGUACUAGGGCGAUACAACGCUCUAGUCGAAAGAGACAUGGUGGCUCAUUUGGCCAAGAGCUUGUAACUGUCGCAGUCGUGGGAUAUACAAAUGCUGGAAAAUCUACUCUAGUGAGUGCACUUUCUCAAGCAGACCUAUACAGUGAUGAUAGGUUAUUUGCAACAGUAGAUCCUCGAUUGCGCAGUGUGAUUCUUCCAUCAGGGAGAAAAACACUUCUCAGUGAUACCGUUGGCUUCAUAUCAGAUUUGCCUAUACAGCUAGUGGAAGCAUUUCAUGCUACCCUUGAAGAAGUUGCUGAGGCAGAUAUGUUAGUGCAUGUGUUGGAUUCCAGCGCACCUGAUCUUGCGGAGCAUCGUUCUACUGUUCUGCAAGUACUGCAGCAGAUUGGUGUUUCACAGGAUAAGAUCAACAAUAUGAUUGAAGUCUGGAAUAAGAUUGAUCUUGUGGAUAAAACUGCCUUAACUGAUGGGGUUGAAGAUAAGAUCUUCCUCACUGAAGGUGAAGAGGAGGAAGACUUAUUUUCUGAAAAUGGUGUGCCAUCAGAACAAUCCUCUUUUGAUUCCUUGGAUGAUACAGUGGAUUCAGAGUCUUUAUCAGAAGAAAAUUGUGAAAAUGAUGGUGACAAAAUGACAUCGGAAGAGCCGUUUGCUGAGCCUAUUGAGGUGAAAGCAAUGAACUCUGAACUAGCACCGAAAGAGUGUUUUAUAGAGCCUAAUGGACCUGAGGCUAUAAGUACUAUUAGUGGCACUUUGACACAGCCAGAAUCCACUUGUCAUGUGAAAACUUCAGCUGUGACUGGGACAGGAUUGCAAGAGUUGCUGCAAUUGAUUGAUAGGAAACUAAGCGGUCAGGAAACGGUUGUGCAGAGAAGCUAUGGGACUUUUGAUAGAAAAUGGAGACCUUCUAUGGAUAGUGAAAAGGCUGCAGAACAAUAGCGCGUGCUGGAAGCCUGGGACCAGGAGCAGUGAAAUGUCCCUGUGCUUUCUGUAGAACUGAAGAGAUUGAAGUACACAUGGCUGUCCAUUUCACAUGAAGAAGUCAAUGUGACUACACAAGUACAGUGUACUUUGACUGGUGACCGCAGUCUUGUCAUUCAUUGCCCAAGAAGCAACAUAGGAGUGUCCUCUAAGAUCUUGCCUACGAGGCUAUGAUCCAGUCUAUGGUCUGUUGCACAGCAGACUAGGGAAGACCGUUGAGGAUGGAGAGGCUUGGGUCCUGUAACAUCACUGCCUGCUGCUCGACAAUUAGCACAUUAUUUUACUGCUCUAAAAGAUAAAUUAGUUAGAAGUGUAUCACACUAUCACUCGUUGGGAUCCUGCUUCCCCCAAUUUCUGUGUUACAAAAAAUGCACAAUUUUCAUGUUGUAUACUACCGCAGAAGAGGUGAAAAUGAUAAAUCUUCAUGCACAA